GCAGAAAAGACCGCGAGGCAGCCAGAUUAUAAUCCCUAAAUUCCACUGUUCAUAAAUCUCCUGUUUGCCAUCCUCUCCGGCCUUCUUCGCCCGAUUGACCUGUUUUUUCCCCCCAAUUUCAAAAAGCUCAACUCAACCGACGCCGAUUGUGGUGGAAACUUGAUACCUGCAGUCAAAGAGGGAGCUUAGGCUUUUACUCAAUCCAGCAAAGUAUUCAUUCAUCUUUUCCAUAAUGAUAUAAUUCCUGCGAUGAAAUUCUUUUGCUACUAUUACUGAUCAAGGAUAUGAUGACUCUUUGUUUGGAAAUAGUCAAGCUUUGUCUGAUUUUGGUUAGAUCAGUGCGGCAUGUUUAGCAAUGGAGGACAGGGAGUUAUGUCUGAAUCUAUUCAGAAACAUCCUAACGAAGUCGAUUCAGUUACUAAAUAUGAUUCUCUGAGUUCCUACAGAAACAGUAAAACUCAUUCAAACGGCUAUCUCAAGAAGCAUGUCACCGAAGAGCCGUUACUUCUUUCUUCAGACAAAUCCAUUUUACCAACUGCUAGAGAUGCUGAUGCUUGGUUAGCUCCAGGAAAUAUAGUCUGGGUUAAAGACACUAGCCAUGGCUGGUGGCCAGCAGAAGUCACGGACAUAGGAGUUCUGAAGGACAAUGACUAUCAGCAUACUGCACGAGUUUUAGUGCAGCUUUUUAAAAUCCACAGAAGAGUGUGGGCAGAUUCUUCAGAUCUUUCACAGUUUUCAAAUUGCUUUGAGGAAAGAAGCCAAAAUCCUUCAGAAGCUUUCCAAGAUGCUCUGAAGCAGGCAUUGUCCAAAUAUGGGAAUGAUAGACUUAGAACUUCAGAAAGUAGAAGUGCUGGUGAGAUCAGGAGCCCAACUCAACAGGACAAAUCACCUGAUGCAUCAAAAACCUCAAUUUCCAGCAGCAGCAAGGAUGAUCAUGAUGAAGAGGGAGGGAGGGGCAAAAGGAAAAAGAAAACAAAGAUUCAUUUUGAUGAGAUGGCUGUUGCAGAUAAUCCUGCAAGAAAAAUUCGCCGCCUAAAGAUAAUGAGGCUAUUAGGGCUCGCAGCUCCUGUUGGAUCUCCCUUCUCUCCCACACAUAAAAGCUCUUAAUAUGACUUAUACCAGCAUUUUGAGAAAUAUUUUUCCUUUUCCUUUUAUCCCAAAGUCUAAAAUAUUUGAAAAAAAAAGAUGUGUCAGGAUAUCUAAUACAAUUUAUUUUAUGAUGGGCUUAAAUAUCAUCGUAUUUGCUUUGAAAUUAGUGCACGUAAUAUAAACUCUUUGUAUGUAAUGUUAUGCUUUGUUUGGGAUGGUCUUCUUACUGAUUCUUAAAGCAGUUUUUUUUUAUACAAAAAUUUUAAUUUUGUACUAAAAAGAUGCUUUAAGAAGCAGUAAAAAAACUGUCUUAAACGAAUCCUUAGUCUCAAAGCAAAUUCAAUAAUUUUUAAGCGCAUCAUAAUAUAAAUUGUAUUAAGAUGUUGACACGAUUUUUUUUUCCAAAAUGUUUUAUCUUACCAGCAUAGCAAGUAUCCAUGUUGAAGCCCUGAUAUUAUUAUUUCAUGUCAACAAGAGGAGCCUGCAUGCUGACCUGCUGCAACUAUUUUGCUUCAUGUUAAUAGAUUAUCCUUUGUUUUUGCAAUAUAUUGGGGAUGCUGUGGCUUGGA